AAGCAGCGCGUUCUUUGAAAGAAAACGAGAAAUAUGAGUGAAUUAAUUAAAAUAUUUAAGAAGUUGAAUGAAUAUUUUAUAGUAAAUUUAGUGUGGGAGGAAGUAGAAGAGAUCUUAGAAAAUGUACAGCAAAAUAAAGUUACACCACACAGCAAUAAUACAGAUGGCCAACUCAAUCAAGCUAUGAUCAAAUUUAUUAGUAUUCCUUUGGUGCAACGAGCUGCAUUAGAUGAUCAAAUUGCUUCCACCUUAAUGGAAUUAUGUGCUACACUACGCAAUAUACGUAGCGAAUCUGAGUCAAGUUAUGACAACACUUUCGACUGUUGGGAUCAAGUUGUUAAGGUAGCACCUAGAGAUGGUUAUUUGGCAUUUAUAUAUACAUUGGCUGCAUUAAUACAAAUCGAUGGAACGUCUCAAGUUUAUAUUAAACUUUCAAUAUUAGCUGUGAAUGCAUAUUUUCUUUCUCUUACGAUACCCGGAGCCAAGGGUUUUCAUAUUUUUGAGGAGGAAAUAAUUAAACAUUGUUUACAGGUGUUUAGUUUAAUAGAACGCAUACAGAAUCCAAAUGUUUUGUCGCGUAUGUCACGAAAUGAACCGAUACAAGUGUGGUUGCAAUUUACCACAUUGUGUGAUGAUUUAAAGUUAGUGCUACGUUAUGUGCACUUUAACGAUCAUAAGGAAGCAAGGGAUGUGAUUUUGAAGAAGUUAAUAGACACACAGUAUUUAAAUCAUGAGAGGGGUUAUGCUAAUAUGUAUGCCGCAAAUUUACACCUAAAAUGUUUCGAAAUAUACGAAGAAAUGAUAAAUGCGCACAAUGGAGAACCCGAGCAGACACUUAUGAAACUAAUGAAUAUGACCGUAUUCCUGCACACUUAUCCAGCUAAACCAAAAUCAAACAAUCAAACCAAUAUAAAUUCAGACUGUGAGCACAUAUCAGAUUGGUUUAUAAAGUCCAUAUCCAAAUAUCCACGUUUAUUGGUGAAAGUUUUAAAAUUCUACAUCGAAUGUAUUGUCACAAAUCCCCACAGGACCUGGAAAACCGAACAGACUCAAAAAGCUUUAGAAUAUGCCGCCAAAUACGAUGCUGCCCUAUUCACCAAAUGUAACGAAUCCUGUGUAGAAUUUCUCUGUGAGGCGGUAUAUGCCGAUGAGGUGAUGAUAAGAUCCCGAGCUAUAGAUUUAAUGUCGAAAAUUCUACAAUUGGAGUCACAAGUUGAUUGGCAAAUGUUUCGCCAUGAAGUGUCAGCGAUACCACGUGAAAUACACUUAAUUAAAGAGCUAAUUGAUAGUUUAAAAGAUCAAAAUAACAAUAUUAAAUUAAAGUCGGUGCAAGCUCUACACAUGGCCUUGACUAAAGGCUCACCCAAUACUCGUAAAAUUUUAAGCGAAUGCUUAAAGUACACACAAUUUUGUGAUACAAAUGUUAAGUUGCCGGACGAACCUAGAGUGCAGAAAAAUGAGAUACGUUACGAGAAGCCGAAUAGUCAAAAGGCGGAAUACUCUUUUCAGGGUCAUGGUAUAAUAGAAUUGGCAUUUCUUAAUUUACCCUCUAACGUGUUUACACAGAUCUAUCAAAGUCCUUUGUCGUAUAUAAGAAGGGCUGGUAUUAUGUUUAUGGAACAAUUGGUUAAAUUAAAUCCUUUGAUAAUAUUUAACACUAAUUUUGUAGAGGAAACAUCACGUUUGGUAGAGGAACCUACGGCCUUGGUACGUAAGCAAACCUUAUUGUCUGUUGAUGCUGUUUUGGAAUCAUAUCCCAAUUGCUUUCCAGUUAUAUGGAUUUGGUGUAAAGUUAUUACACCCAUGUUACACGAUGGCGAUCACAAAAAUAUUGAAGUUGCCAUGGAGUGCUUUCGUUGUAGGGUCUUAAUGAAUAUGAAAAGUAUAGAAGAAACCAAUAAAGCUGAACAUUUUAUGCCUUGGGUGAUAAUAAGAACCUUGUUGUCCACCCAAUCGCGAUUUUAUUUACAAAAUUGCUUUCAUUUGGCUUUACAGCAACGUAUAAUAAGUCCCCAAAUUGUAGGUAUUAUUGAAUCUCAUUUACUCACCUCGAAUUCUACAGAAGCCUGGAUUGUACUGAAUUUUAUAUGUGACAAAGUUAAGAGUAAAGAACCUGAUGCUUUGAUACAUCAUUUUAUUACUCUCGAAUCGUGGAAUAAAGAGCAAAAUAUGCUUAUAGCUUUGGAGGUUUUAGCCAAUUGUAUUAAAGAUUUUUCUCAUACUGCCCUCAACCAUGCCUUCACUCAUUUACUGACUCAACUCAAAGAAGGCAAAAUGUUACCUAUAAUUAUAGGCAAAGCCUUUGAUUUUCUACUACUUAUAGAUAAUAGAUCACAAAAUACAGGCAAAUCAAAAAAUAAUACAAAUCAAAAUAAAGGAAAUGAAGUAGUGUGGGUAACAGAAUUACAUCAACAUUUAGAAUAUGAAAUUUUAAUGGGUAUCAACAAUUUUCCCGAUAAUCGUAAUACAUUUAUGUCGCAUUUAUAUGCCUACUCGGAGGUAAAUUUACAGACACGCCUUAGACCCCAACAAACUAUUAUAUCCUUUAUACAUAAAUACAUGGAUGCAUGCAGCAAAAUAAAGGAAAAUGAAAUGCAUUUGGAAAAUGAACGUCUCUUCAAUUCGAUGAUUUUAAUUGCUGGUCGUUUAGCUCUAAGAGAUGGUUGUGUGGCCUCGACCACAUGCGCUCUAUAUGCUAAUAUUUUGAGUAACUACGAUAGGCCACCCGUAGUAAAUACCAUCAUAGUGGCUUUAACAGAUUUGUGCAAAAAACAUACACAAAUUGUGGAACGCAUUGUGGGCAGAGUUUUGCGUAAACUUAAGUCCCCGUAUGAAGUAAAUCGCAUGGAAACUUUUAAAUGUUUUGAAAAACUCGUGCUGCAGGAUCAAUUAAAACUAAGAGGCUCAUUAUUAUUAGCCUUAUUAGCUACUCUGUUGGAUGAAAGUGAGGAUAUAGCUGCUAGGGCAGGCGAUUUUUUUGCUGAAUUUUUGUCCAAGAAAAAUCCAGCUCUAUUUCAGAAAUGUUUAAUAGAAUGUCCUUUUGUUUUUAAUGAAUAUAAGAACUUUGAUGGUUUGGAUAGCUUCUCGGAGGCUUUUAUAAAAUCUCCCUUGAAGGGGGAAGUCCAACGUAAGUGCCGUCAACAGUUGUAUGGCCAUCUAAUGACUGAUAUGGAUGAUAUAAAUAUGAUAUUAUAUUUUGGUCAAUUAAAACUCAUUGCUGAAAAAUCCAAAAAUGAUCCCUUAAUAAAAACUCCCGAGGGAAUAGCUCUCAUUAAAGAUGUUUUAUACAUACUGAAAAGAGUUUGUCAACUAACUAAAGAACAAAAAUUGAAUACGGAAAAUAGUGAAACGGAAAAUAAACAAGAUGAUGAUGCUUUGGCAGAAAUUAAUGAACUCACAGAAGCCACAGCAGACGGCAACAAUAAAGGAGCAACAACAAAUAAAACUGCCACCGCUGGCACAGGUGUUGGAAGAGGCAAACGAAAACGAGAAAUAACCAUGCCUGAAGCACUUACACUUUUAGAAAAAUCUUUAAUUUUCAUACCAACCAUUUACAAAAAUAUCGAUUCCUAUGAUGACAGCAUAAACAAAUCAUUCGAUGAUUUAUGUAAAGCUUUAGCUAAACGUUUUACCAAUCUGGUGGACUAUGCUCAACCUGCAGAAUUUUGGAAUAAAUAUCGAACCGCCAAAGUAGCAACAAAUAACAAAAGUAAAAAACAAACAAAACGAAAGACACCCAAGAAAAAGAAACGUAAAAUUAAAACAGAUACCGAUGAUGAGGACGAAGAUGAUGAUGAAGAAGACGAUGAUGAGUUUGAAAAUGAGUUGGACGAUGAAUUUUUAGGACCAGAGAAAAAGUCAAAUCAAAAAAAGUGUAACGAAGACUCUGAUUCGAGUGAGACUGAAGAUGAGCCCUUAGUGAAAAGAUCUAAGAAGAAGGGAAUUGUUUGUACAGAACCAUCUAUGGAUUAUAUAUUUAAACCAAAUAUUUAAAAUGCAUGUAAGCAUACAAUUUGUUUAAAAGAGAUUUAUAUUGCUAGUUUUUUAAUUUAAAACUUUUAUCUCAAAAGGUGAUAUUUUUGCUU